UGUCGGCAGAUCUCGGAUCACGCACUUGCUGAAGCUACUGCAGAGCGCAGCAUGCCAGUGCCCAACUCAUUCUCAUACUUACUCUCAAGCUCCUGGAUUUUCAUCCUCUGGGAAAACAACAGAUUAUGCCUUUGAGAUGGCUGUUUCAAAUAUUAGAUAUGGAGCAGGAGUUACAAAGGAAGUGGGCAUGGACCUACAAAACAUGGGCGCUAAGAAUGUUUGCUUAAUGACAGACAAGAAUCUCUCCCAGCUCCCUCCUGUACAAGUAGUUAUGAAUUCCCUUGUCAAGAAUGGCAUAAACUUCAAAGUCUAUGAUAAUGUGAGGGUGGAGCCAACAGAUACAAGUUUCAUGGAAGCUAUUGAAUUUGCCAAGAAAGGAGCUUUCGAUGCCUUUGUGGCCGUGGGUGGCGGCUCCACCAUUGACACCUGCAAAGCUGCUAAUCUGUACUCCUCCAGCCCAGACUCCCAGUUUUUAGACUAUGUCAACGCCCCCAUUGGGAAGGGGAAACCCGUGGCUGUGCCUCUUAAGCCUCUGAUUGCAGUCCCAACUACCUCAGGAACGGGGAGUGAAACUACCGGAGUUGCCAUUUUUGACUAUGAACACUUGAAAGUGAAAACUGGCAUUGCUUCUCGAGCCAUCAAGCCCACGCUGGGACUGGUUGACCCUCUGCACACCCUCCACAUGCCUGACAGGGUGGUGGCUAACAGUGGCUUUGAUGUACUCUGCCACGCCCUGGAAUCCUACACCGCCCUCCCCUACCACCUGCGAAGCCCCUGCCCUUCCAACCCUCUAGCCCGGCCAGCAUACCAGGGCAGCAACCCAAUCAGUGACAUUUGGGCCGUGCAUGCACUUAAGAUCGUUGCCAAGUAUCUGAAAAGAGCUGUCAAGAAUCCUGAUGACCUUGAAGCGAGGUCAAACAUGCACUUGGCAAGUGCUUUUGCUGGCAUUGGCUUUGGAAAUGCUGGUGUGCAUCUGUGCCAUGGAAUGUCCUACCCUAUUUCAGGUUUAGUGAAGACCUAUAAAGCCAAGGAUUACAAUGUGGAUCACCCGCUGGUGCCUCACGGCCUUUCUGUAGUGCUCACCUCCCCAGCAGUGUUCACCUUUACAGCAGAGAUGUUUCCGGAGCGACACCUGCAGAGCGCAGAAAUACUAGGAGCUGACAUCCGCACUGCCAGGAACCAAGAUGCAGGGCCUAUUCUUGCAGACACACUCCGGAAAUUCUUAUCCGAUCUGAACGUGGAUGACGGCCUGGCUGCCCUCGGCUACUCCUCAGCUGAUAUCUCAGCUCUGGUGAGAGGAACUCUGCCCCAGGAAAGGGUCACCAAGCUUGCACCACGUCCUCAGUCAGAGGAAGACCUGUCAGCUCUGUUUGAAGCUUCAAUGAAGCUGUACUAA